AUGGACCACAAUUCAGUAGUUACUGAGUAUGAGUUUAAGGAGUUUGUGAAAUCGUAUUACAUCACACAUACCACAACCAGUCCGUACCAUGCUCAGAGUAAUGGACAGAGAGGGCGAAUGGUUCAGACCAUGAAACAUCUUAUCAUCAAAUCUCAAGAUCCAUACUUAGCUCAUUUGGAGUAUCGGAACACCAAGAUUGAUGGUAUUGAUAUGUCACCAGCUCAGCUAUUUCUAGGACGCAAACUGAAGUCUAUCUUACCUACAGCUGUCCCUCUAUUGAAAUCACAUGUAGAUGACAACACAUUGGUCAAGAUGAAAUGUCGACAGGAAAAACAGGAAGAGAACUUUAACAGACAUGCUAGGAAGGAACCACUUAAACCUUUCAAGGCAGGAGACUCUGUAAUGAUGCAGAGCCAAUCAGGACAAUGGACAAGCGGAUUCUUUAAAGACUUACACCCGACAAAACGUUCGUAUGUCAUCGAGAGCAAAGGCAGAUGCUACAGACGUAACCGCAAAUUCCUGAGACCUACUCGUGUCCGAGGUAACUCAGUCUCCAGAAGUGAUGCCCCUGCGUAUACCGAUGCGACAUUGUGUUCCAAGACUGAUCAGAGCACCAAUGAUAUAUCAGCAGCUUCAGACGUGCAACCAAAUACAGUCACCGAGACAGCUAGAUCUAACGUCGAACCACCAGCAGAAAACCCUGCGCAUAUUACCCGUAGUGGCCGCUGUGUUAAACUCCCUGCGCGAUACCGAGAAUGA